UCUUCUUCCUACUCCUACUCGGCCAGUCCGCCAUUGAAGAGAGCUCAAAAAUCCGUCGCUGAGUAGGAGAGAAGAGGACCGUCAAUGGAGCCACCGGAAGCAGGACCCGAAUCCAAGGACUUCGGAGCUCUGAUCUCUCUCUACUCCAGCUACGUGUGGAACAGGCUCUUCGGUUCCCCUCCUCCUUCGGAUUCCGGCUUCCUCGCCAAAUUCUCGCAGUUCUACCGCCGGAAACCUCACCCGCAACCUCGAAGGCGCACUCCGUGCUUGCCUCUCCCUCUGCCUUCCAACUCGCUGGACUCGUCGACCAGUUUUAAAGACACAUCUAGGAUUUACAAUGCCUUGGAGGAUAUUAUGUUGCACGUCUACUCAAAUUUGCAUGAUAUUCAGAAGAAUUUGCAAUUUUGGGAAUCUAGGGCUGAGGGUUCUAAUGCUCGUAAAGCACGUUUCAUGCUUUUCGAGAGAGGGCCACGGGCUUUUAUAGAUAGUUCAAUUAAGUUGGUUAAGGACUCGGUCAGAGAGGGUUAUUCCAUCCAGCAGCUUUGCCAUUCGGCAUCAUCCCAUAUAUCCCAGAGGAUAACCAUCUUAAACGGCUUGAGAUGCGCACUUGCUACUUUUUUAGCCCAGGUCUACAUUGAAGUUGAUAGAUCAGUAGAAGAGUUGGCUAAAGACCCAAGAAAGUCAUUGCCGUUGUUACUUGUAUCUAUGAACGAGUUGUUCUUAAAUUUGGAGACAUCUAUUGGUAAUUUGAACGCAUUUUAUCAGAGUAAUUUUCCUGAUGGUGAAAGGUUACAUGAUCCACUUAUAUUUGAGAGAUUGCCGGUAGUAAAUCAGUGGACGGACUCUGAAGUUGAUGAUGCCAUUAGCAUGAUCUGCGAAAAUCUACACAAACUCGACUCUUACCUAUCUUCAAUUGUGGCCAAAUAUAAAAAACCUCAAAAAAUUACUCAAUACUGGAUCCACUACUCAUGUGGAGCAGUUGGGAUAGCCGUUUGCUCCAUGUGGCUGAUCAAGCACAGCAGUUUGAUGGGAAGCCCUGAUAUUGGUAAUUGGAUUCAGACAGCAAGUAACUCCACAGUCAAUUUUUUCAAUGAUCAUGUAGAACAACCGCUUCUGGAUAUCAGGGAUGAACUAUUUGAGACCUUCAGGAAGAGACACAAGGGCGUCAUGGAGCUUGAAGAAGUACAGUUGACAGCAAAUUCUCUCCACAGAAUGUUGCUAGCUUUCAGUGAGCAGACAAAAGGCCAGAAGUUCCCAGAGAAUGCAUCUGACCAGGAAAUGCUUGAAAUUGUGAUGGCUAGAUAUGAGAAGGAACUCACUCAUCCUAUACAGAAUCUUCUUAGUGGAGAGCUUGCCCGUGCAUUGCUCAUUCAAGUUCAGAAACUUAAGCUUGACAUUGAAACCGCAAUGCUUGAGCUUAAUCAGAUCCUAAGAGCAAAUGAAAUCAACUUUGCCAUUCUGGCAGCCUUACCAGCAUUCUUCCUCUCUCUUCUUCUCCUCAUGGUAAUACGAGCAUGGCUUAAACAGGAUACGAAAGCUGAAGGGAGAGGAAGAGUAGCCCGUAUUCAAAGAAGGUUGCUCAUUGUGGAGAUCGAGAGACGGAUUAUGCAAUAUCAGACUUAUCUUGACCAAGGAUCCGUAGCUGAUGCUGAAUGCACGUAUGGGUUGAUGUUGUACAGUCUGGACCGCUUAUACUGUGCCGUCGAGAGGCAUGCAAAAGCAACAGGAGAAUGGGAGUGGUUGAGACUGGACCUCAUCGAUCUGGCGAAGCCUAAACUUCAGACUCCAGAUAAGUUCAGGGUCACCUCUCGCCUGGAGCAAGUAUACGACUGCUUGCUCCCUGUACCCAAAAGCCAUUAACUCAUUUCAAUGACCCCGGCUUCUUUGGUAGCUGUAAAUCUAUCGCGGCAUUGGAUUGGAUUGUCCAAAACUUUUUCUGAGCUUUUGAGCCGAUCGUCGUCUUUCAUACGAACAUGAAAUAAUAUAAAAUCUUCGAAUACGAAGAGGGGGAAGCAGUGCAUUGAUGAACUUGUACAAAACUGAUCUCUUCUUGGCAACUGUAAAAAUUUUGUUUGGCGUGCAUCUUGCGGCACAUUGGUCUGCUUGGCAUGUUGUCUUCGGAAAUUCUCCUUUUGGAUGUUCAGACUCUGCUUAGUGCAAGGGGGAAUUAUCACUUUUAUCAUUAGUGACACCGUGAUGAUGACAACAUUAAUUUUUA